AUGGGCAAAACUCCCCUCCGAUCGGUCCUCCUCUGGAUCCCAGUCGUCUCGCUGCUCUGGAAGUCUUCGCAAGUUUUGGCUUGCAAUGAUCAUCUUCAGAAACGAUCCCAGCCCUCUGCCAGUCCUCCUCCUGGAGCUCCGAACCGUGAACUGGAAUGGGGAGAUCUCAAUAUUCUUCAUACCACCGACUCUCAUGUUCGUUCGUUCGGUCACCUGAAAUCCGAGCAACCCGAACCGAACUACAGUGGUGAUUUUGGAGACUUCCAUUCUUUUGUUCAGCGCAUGAAGAAGAAAGCGAGCCAGAAGGGCGUCGAUCUGUUAGUUGUUGACUCGGGGGACUUGCACGAUGGUAAUGGCCUGUGCGACGCCGAACCAUACGUUCAUCCAGGUACCCCUCGCGGCACCACCUUGACCAAAAUCUUCACACGUGUACCUUAUGAUAUUUUGGCGAUCGGAAACCACGAGCUUUACGACCCAGCGAUAGCCCAGAGCAUGCACGAUAAUUUUGCACCCUCCUGGAAUGGCUCUUAUCUAACAUCAAAUGUUAACAUAACCACCUCUGGUACAUCCGUACCCUUAGGCUCCCGUUACCGUAAAUUUGUCACCGAACAGGGCCGGAAAGUGACCGCAUUCGGUAUCCUCUUCCACUUCACUGGGAACGCGAAGGGGACGGUCGUCCAGCCACCGUCUGAGCUGGUAAAAGAGCCUUGGUUCAAAGAGGCUAUCCGGGAUAAGCCAGAUGUUUUUCUCUUGGCCGGACAUAUGGGAGUCCAAGAUCCAAAUUGGAAACGCGUCUUAGCCACCAUUCGAGACAUGCAUCCAGAAGUACCGGUAAUCAUCUUAGGAGGCCAUUUUCAUAUUCGUGAUUGUCGCCAGUUAGACGAUCGAUCCAUGUCCUUGGCGAGCGGAAGAUACAUGGAAACCCUUGGAUGGAUGAGCUUGAGUGGCCUGGACAAGCCCGGAGAAAAGCCCGAGUUUUCCAGACGUUAUCUGGACGCAAACCCAGUUACUUACGAAUUUCAUGCUGGACAACAAUACGAUACGAGUGAAGGAGUUGAAACCAGCAAUGAGCUGACCAGAGCCGCUCAGGAAUUCGACAUUCAUCGCCGGUUUGGCGUUGCGCCUCACUCAUUUUUUGGAUACCGAGUCCCCUCCACUUCGAACGAUUCCCUCAGUUAUCUAUUUACUGGUCCGGAUGGGGUCUUGCAGACAACAGUUAAAAACCCCCAACGGAGCAAUCCUAUGCUAGGUAUCGUUCAUAGCACAUCCUUGCGCGCAGAUCUCUACGCCGGCAACUUCACUGUAAACGACCAGUUUAUUACGAUGCCCUUCAACAACUCGUUCCAAUACGUCCCGGACGUACCACGAGUGACGGCAGAAAAAAUUCUAGGAAACUUAAAUGGCGGUAGCCGAGCGCAGAACAAGGAAGAGCCGAGCCAACUGAGGCGACAUCUGGAGACGGAAGAAGACGUCCCGAGGGACGAAAGCUUCCAUCUCGGACAUGACGUCGACGACUAUUACCUUGCCUGGAUUCGCCUCCAACACGAAGAGCACCAUUACCGACAGUCCAUCCUCGCAAGUCGCUCGGGUUCUGAGACAACCUCAGCAUCCUACGGCUACGUCACCAAGGACCAAUGUCCCGGAUAUGGCGACGAUGUCAUUCACACCCCUCUUCCAGUCGCCCAUCACACUUCAUACGUCGCCACUACUAUUCCUGAUGACUCUUCAGAUCUGAUCGAUGUCGUAUUUGAUAGCUUUAUAGCAAAGUGGGUCUUACCGGCCUUGAACCAAGCCCGGGCCAUGACUGUCUCGUCGCUGCCUCAUCGAAACAAGAAUUACACGAUGGAGGAUGUCAAGGAAUAUAGUCCGCUGAAAACCAAUCAAGUACUUGGAAUUUAUGCCGAGUCAAAAUGGAAUAAUUAG